AUGACUAGAAUCGAGCAAAGUAAUAGUAGUGGUGGUGUAAAAACAAGCACAGAGGAGAAUGGUGAAGCAGGCGUGAGCGAUUCGCGAGGCGAAACUGUGACCGUGCGCAGAGGUCUUCGAUCUCGAUAUCUUGCUGUGAAGAAUUUCAUUAGCGAUGAAAGAGACUGUAUAUCAAGGCCAGAUUAUGAUAAGUUUAAAUCGAUCUUCAAUGAAGUGGAAAGCUUGCAUCAGAUGGUAAGCAAACCGAGGGAACAAGUUGCAGAUGCUGAGGCUCUGAUGGACAUUUUAAGCUCGGUUGUUAUCUCUGUGAAGGCUCAUGGUAAUGAAGGACUUACCCCUGCAGAUUUCAUUACUGGUCUGCUUGGGGCCUAUGGGCAACAAGGUGGAGCAAGUCGUGGUGCGGAGUAUGGUAGGGACUCUGUACAAUGGAAGGAUAUUGGUCUUGCAGUCUCUCACAUUUUCAAGAGGGUCAAUGGAUGUUGCACAAUGGUUGGGCCUAUGAAUACAGAAAUCAAGAGAAGGAAGAGGACUGCUUCUCGUCGAAAACUUGAGAGACCAACACAGAGUUCUCGACCUGAAGAGCUUGAUCAUUCUGGUACAGAAGGAAGAAGUGAAACUGAUAAGAACAUGGCAACCAUGUUCGAUAUUUUAAAGAAGAACAGAAGGGUCAAGCUUGAAAUUAUAAUUUUGAACAGAAUCUCUUUUGCAGAAACAGUGGAAAAUUUAUUUGCUCUCUCUUUUUUGGUCAAAGAUGGGAGGGCUGAAAUAACAAUGGAUGAGAAAGGCUGUCAUCUAGUUUCACCAAGGAAUGCACCUUCUGCUAAUGCAGUUGUCUCUGGGGAGGUUGCUUACAGUCACUUCAUCUUCAGAUUUGACUUCAAGGAUUGGAAGUUGAUGACUGCAUCUGUUGCUGUGGGAGAGGAGCUGAUGCCUCAAAGAAAUCAAGUGAAAAUAUCAAGUGAUUCGAAAUUAUCCAGGAACCGUGCCCUCGUUUUGCAAGAACAGAUGAUCACAGAAGACUCUCCUGAAGGUUAUGAUUCUGCAGCAAGUGUUGCUGCCAUUCAGAACGGAAAGCGGAAGCUUUCAGAUGAAAUGGGAUUACUAUAGCCAUAUGUCGCACUGAUGUGAAUAGUAUAUUAGCUUUUGGUCUCGAGUAUGUAGUUUCAGUGGAGGUAUGAAUAGUAUAUUAGGUCUUUUGGUCACAAAUAUGUAGUUGAAGUGGAGGUAUGACCGUAUGAGUAGUACAUUAGGUCUUUUGGUCUCAAGUAUAUAUUUUUGCAAAUUCCACUUGGUUCUAAUUAGUUCUGUUUUCCCUUCUAUAUGAUCGGGAAAGUGACA